AUGAUGGGGAGCAGCCAGGUGACAAAUGGGGUGGCCGGGGGAGUAUCCCAGGGUCACACCAAUAUCUGUGGCAUCACCACCACCAGCUGUACUCCCACAGCUUUCGGCUGGGACGAGUUACCCUGCAGACCUGCUUCUCUGGAGAGGCUUAUUCCUUACUGUCUCUGGGGACUUCUCAAUAAUGCUGGAAUUAUAGGGCCACCAGCUCCUACAGACUGGCUGGAUAUUGAGCAUUUCAGACAACCAAUUGAACUUAACUUAAUUGUACUCAUAAAUGUUACAAUAAAUAUGCUUCCCUUGAUAAAAAAAGCAAAGGGAAGGAUAAUAAAUGUAUCCAGUAUUGGAGGUUGCCUAGCAUUCAGUGGUAGAGGCUAUUUUCCUUCAAAGUUUGGGGUGGAAGGAUUUAAUUACAGCUUAAGGAGAGAUAUGAAAGCUUUUGGAGUUAAGGUUUGUUGUAUUCAACCUGGACUGUUCAAAACACCAUUAACCAAUCCAGCAAAGAUUAUGAAAGAGAAGGAGUUUAUUUGGAAUAUGCUCCUCUCUGACAUUAUAAAGCAAUAUGGAGAGGAGUAUUUUCAGAAAGAUGCAGAAAAGAAAGAAAAGCUGACCAAGAUCUGUCUUAACAAGGAUAUUUCACCAGUUGCUCAGUGCCUGGACCAUGCCCUAACAGGCCUCCACCCACGUGCCCAUUACGUUGUUUUGCAGGAUGCCAAGUUGCUUUGGAAUCCCCUCUCAAGAAUGCCAGCAGCGGAACAGGGUGCUCAGUUUGAGAAAGCUUGA